AUGGAUGAACACGUGAUGGUGAAUCGCACAUCGUCGCGUUCGACUUUAAUCGUCCUCGCCUUCGUCGCUCUCGCCGUCGUCACGCUGGGCACGUUAAGAACUCUUCAAAGGGACAUCCCUUCGCGCAAGACUCUCGACCGCGUGUCGACGACGCAACGGAACGCCUCUACGCGCGUGACGACGGUGACCAUCGCGACGUCAUCACACACAGCUCCGCGACCGUCGUUCGCGGUGUGUGUUGUCGGACAGGUGCGCGCCAUGGCACGUCGAGACGUGCGCGAACAUGCGCGCGCGGUGUUGACGACGCCGCUCAUUGAGGACGGUGGCGACGUCGAGGUGUUCCUUCACCUCGACGCCAAGGGUAUGGACGAAAUAAUAGAAAACACGCUUCGCGAAUUUUGGUCUCCGACGUCGCUCGAGGUGUACGAGGUGGAGAAUCGUGGAAACGUCGGACGCGCGGGGUGUUUGAGCGCGGGUUGGCCGCAGACGUUUCGACAACGCGCGUGCGCGGAAGACGUUCGUCGACGCGAACGAGAGCGAAACGAAACCUUCGAUUGGAUCGUUUUGACGAGACCGGACAUCGAGUAUUACGCUAAACUUCCUCGAGCGAGCGCGUGGAUGGGUUUGAAGAAGAAUUUGAUCUUGAGUGGCAUGUGUUGGUUCAAAAGAGAUGGGGAAAUCGACGCGAAUCGACAAGUCGCGAAGGGCGUGGACGUGGAUUCCAUGACAGAUGCGCUCGCGAUCGUGUCGAGAGAUACGAUGGAUCACUAUGCGUCGAUCGCCGACGCUUUCGAGUCGUGCAUUCCAGCGAACCCACCAAGUGAUAACCCGUGCGGCUCUCUCUGGGCAUCGUCUGAGUGUCGAGCACAACACGUCGCAGUCAAUCACACCGUCGGUCGUUUGAUAUCGGAAGGAGAUGGAGGUGAAAUGUACCGAGCCAUCAUAUUUCGGUGUGACGACACACGCUGUUCACACAUGCACCGUGACUAUUGCAAGAUUGAACCGUGCGACGUCGACACGAGACCGCUCGACGUCGUCUUCGCCGAAGAAGACGGGAAAAAAGUCCGGUUCACGAGCGAAUAUUAUUUCUCGCAGCCUAUGGAUACGUAG